AUGGUUUAUAACGUGGUCAAUAAGGGUGGCCCGGAUUUCAUCUGGGACAUCAUGGUGCCUCCGUGCUCCUCGGCCUCUUCCCCCUAUUCCUCCACGCAUUCUCACUCCUCCUCUUCCUCUUCCUUUUCUUCUUCCUCCUCUUCCUCGAGCAGGAAGUUGCUGUUGUACUUGGCGAGGUCCUUCCAUGUUCACACUGCAAAUGAAACUGGCCCCGGGCCAAGCUCUGUCUAUAUACUUUUGGCAGCAGUCAUGAUCAUAGACAACACCUGUCAGCCACUGCUCUUCCUGCUGCAGGGCCACAUUUACUCCCUGGGCUCUACGCUUUCUGCAGCGCUGAACUUCGUCAUCGAGCCAGAGCUUGAAGCGGAUCUGGGAGAGGAAACCCAGAAGCUGCUGCAGCAGAUGCAGGAGGAGAAUCCUGAAGACAGGCCACUCCUGGAGGACAUCAAGUCGCUGGCCGACACCCACCUGUCUUACACCUCUUCUGCAGCUGUCUGCAGGAAACUGUCCUCAGUUGGACGGCGGGUUCUCUCCAUCGAAUCAGUUUCAAACACCCAAGAUGGACAGGAAGACUCCUGGGAGGCAAGAUGGCAGCACUCCAAAGCCAAAAGUCUCCUGAAGAGGCUGAACUCCGACGAUAGGACCAGAGAGCCAGCUGGCAGCUCUGUGACAAACACGCUGUCCAGGCAGCAGGUGUGCAGGGGCUGGGACUCGUCUUUAUGGGCCGAGGAUAUGGAAGUCGGAGAAGCAGACGCUCUGAUCUUGGUACAUGAGGUGGAUUGCUGCUCUCACAACAGCUCUCCGGUGAGGAGCAAACCCCAGCAGAGGUUCAGCAGAACAAAGGGAAUCCUGAACCGCUCCUGCUCUGUCCCAGACUCUAACAACCCCCCUUGUCUCUCCACUCCACCUCAUGGAGACAUAAGCAUACCUGUUUCUGACCUCACCGAGAUCGGAGCAGAUGAACACCUGAAAUGGAGUAACAAACUCCCUGGACUUAACCGAGGGAAGUCGUGUGAGUUCUACCCUUACUGUUGCACCCAGGAGAGAGAGGAAUCUCCGGUAGGAAAUGAGGAAGUGGAUCACAUUCACGAGAGCAGUGAAAACCAGUCUAACGGCAGCAUCCAGGAGCCACCACCAUCUUUCAGUCCCUGUCAGGAAGCAGAACUGGAUCAGAACUCUUGUGAGGGUCAGAGCAUUCAGAACAAGAGCCUGUAUGUUCCUUUUAACUACAUGACCAAGAGCAUGCAGUGCCUGAAUGAGGAGUUCCAGGAUGAGUGGAUCUCUCUGAGAGAGCUACUAUCUCGCUGUGGUCGAAGGCUGACGAUGAAUGAGCUGUGGGCUCUUUGUUACUCCUGUCUGGAUUCACUGCAGACCUAUAUCGACUUCCCAGCAUAUUUAUGUCUUGACACGGUGUACGUAAAUUGUAAAGGAGAGGUGCUUUUUCUAAAGCCCAAACACAUAGAAACUCUAGAUGACUUUUAUCUUGCACCUGAGUAUCAAGAACAUGGGAUUGUAACGGAGAAGGUGUGUGUUUACGGGGUAGCUGCUAUCCUCUGGACCACAGCCAAGUUUGAUCUAUCUCCCAAUCAAAAACUGGCAUUACCUCGCAAAAUGAAGAGGCUUCUCCUGGAGAUGGCUAAGAAGACACCCAUAGAGAGACCGACCAUCGUAAUGGCUAAAAAAAGCUGUCUUGACAAUCUGUCACAUCAGGGAAUGAGUGCUGAGCUUGUCUGGACUGACCUCAUCAGCAGAAUUCACCCGCCAGCCUUGAACUCCAGUGAGGUUGAAGAUUGUAGCACAACUGAAGUUCACCUCUGUCCGUGUGAAGAACAUGCACCAAACAGCGGAGCGUCCAACAGAGAGUGUGAGGGACCACAGAUUCGCCCCCCAAAGAUGCGCAGGAGACGGGGGGAGCUCCAAGUCCCAGAGAUCCAGGCGCUGCCCCAGAACACAGGAACCCCAAGGAGACUGCAACCAGAAAGGCCCCCGCCCCACUCAAGAGGCACAGAGGAUCGCCCCGGAGGGCCACAACCAGCAGUCGGCAGAGUCCCAGGAGACAUCAGCGGCAAGCCCACAGGCCCGCCCGCAGCCUCCCACCCCCUAGCCGGCCGAGCCCGGGACCCAGCGACCCAGGACCCAGGGGCGACCACCCCUGCCGAGGACCCAGCAGAGCCCAGGGACCCAGACCCCACCAGGCAGCCACCGGGAUCUAUCAGGCAGAUGCCAAAACCGGUGAAAGCUGAAUUCACAAUGACUCUUUGGGUUCUCGUGGUCUCGACGUCUGAUGACAUCACCACUCGGGUCGCCGUUCCUUUGGACUGCUGGGACACACCGCCCAGCAGCUUGCCCUUCUGCAGCAGGUGUGUUCAGCCUUCUGGACUGGAUGUCAUAAACUGCUUCAACCACCAGAGGGAGACAUGUCUCCAUAAGUAUGGAGCCAAUGUUUGUCAACAUGUGACUUGUUACACAGGAAAUAUUACAGGAAUGCCAUCCGGUUUGUUUCCUGAAAUCCAGAAGGCAAAGAGUCAGGGUCAGCGCCCUGAGCCCGAACAGAAGAAUCUUCAGGUUUCCAUCAAUUUGUGUGCAGGAAUCACACUUUCCUUCAUUUAUGAGCAAAAUGGGAAUGGUCGGCUCUCAGCAGUGGGCUGGGACUGCUUUUUCACUCAUCCAUAUUUGUGUUCUCCCACCAGGAAUGUAUGGCAGCACCUCCCACCAGCAGAGAGCAGCAGUGCCCUGAGGACACCAUCAGACCCUCAGCAGCUCCUCGCGUACGCUGACCGGGUCUCCAACUGGAUCUCUGCUGCAAUCCUCACCUGUGAUUCUGUCAAGACACAGGUUGCCUUGCUGACCAGGUAUCUGUGCAUGGGAAAGUUCUGCUAUGACGCGAGGAACUUUGCUUCAGCCAUGCAGGUCCUCGGGGCGCUGGAGAACAGGGCGGUGAGGCAGCUUCCGACUUGGAAACAUCUGGCUUCCAAGGUAUUGGACAUCCUGGAGGGGCUGCGAGUCGUUCAGAACCAGUCUGAGGAUGGACAUUCUCCUCUGAUCUCUUUUGAUGUGGGUCUAACAGAUGAGAUCUGUGAAUGCCUAAGGCAGAGCACCAGGAAAUUGUAUCUGAUCUUCACCGGCCCUGGUGAAGUUUUCCUCCUUACCGUUUGCUGCAGGAAGAGUGACGACGUGUGUCUGGAGGGGCAGCCAAGAAGGAGGAGGCCCAUCCUGGCCGUGCACAUCCAGCAGCUGGAGAUCGGUGCUUUCACCCUCACUAUGGUGUGUGUGUGUGUGUGUGUGUGUGUGUGUGUGUGUGUGUGUGUGUGUAUGCUGAGGUCACAACGAGUGGGGCUUGGACGUGUUGCUGCAGAAGGCACCUGUGGGAGGGGGUUUGAUGUUUAUGGCCAGCUGCUCGGAGGAGAAAGACUUAUCGUCAUCGUUUCUUUACAUUUUGUUCUCAUUUCAUGUUCCUGCCAUUUCCCAUUGGAAAUUUUGAGUCAGGUCCGUGCCUUCCAGGAGGUUCAGUACCCAUGCAGCCCACACCAUGACCUUCAGGCCUACCUGUGUCUUCGCAACGCCCAGCUCGCCAACGCGAACAUCCACCUAUUGGAAGGUUGUAUUGUUAUCUGUUAUGUGCCUCUUGUCGAUUAAUGAGCUGAUGUCUGUUCGUGUGUAUAUUUGAUGUAUGUGUGUUUGUGUGAUUAUGUAUUUGUGACAAAAACAAAAAAAGCUUGUUAAAAAAAAUUCCACAAAAGGAAAGAGAGGAGGAGCUGAGGGUGAGGCUGUAAGGCUGCGAUCAACUGACGACAACGGGUCGAACUAGCUACAAGCUAACCUGAAGCUAACCAUGGCUAACCCAAAGCUAACGCGGAGGUGGGAGCUAAGCUAACGGAUGUAGCUAUCUAGCUACAACCUGAGCUAACUCUGUGGAACACCAGCGACCUGAAGCUCACAUGAAGUUUAAGUGGAGGUUUGUGCUGCUUUUUCAUGAAAAGUACCUUUCUGUGAAUAAAAACGUAUUAAAUCGGUAAGUUUAUAAGUUAUUUCCGUAAUGAAAAUAUAUUUUGCUUUGAGCAAGUUUUCAAUAUUUUUAACGUACCGUAUUUUCUGGACUAUAAGUCACUCCGGAGUCGCCCCAGCCAUAAAAUGUAUAAUGAAGAAGAAAAAACAUGUAUAAGUCGCAUUUUGGGGGGACAUUUUGUUAUUUUUCUACAAAAUCUGAGACCAAGCAUUUCACAUUGCAAGACAAGUACCAGUAACAAUAAGAAUAAUGCACCACAGCAGCGCGCCACGGUCUCCAGCAGAGGAUGGCGGUGUUUGAAACCCUCCCAGCGGGACAGGGGAGCUCAUUCCUGGGUCGGAGUCGGCCCGCAGCAGCGCGGUGUAGCCUACAUAAUUUGUUAUAUAAGUCGCUCCAGAGUAUAAGUAGCAGGACCGGCCAGACUAUGAAAAAAGUGCGAUUUAUAGACCGGAAAAUACGGUCGUUAUUAGUAUUUGAGAUAAAUUAGCAGGCUAAAUACAUUUCAUAUAUUUCCAAAACUUAAUACUUGUUUGUAUGUUGUACAGCCAAGUAGCCUUCAUUCUGGACUCAGAAUAAAAUUCACCAAAUCAUAAUCAUACAUUUCUACUGAUCCAAUCAGAAUCUGACAGAGCUGUGGUUUUGGAUCAGUG